CAUCAAGUAUAAAAACAGAUCAAACUGUUCACAUCAAUUCACCAUCUCUAUUGAAAUAUUACUUUCUAAAACCUAAAACCUAAAUAAAACCUAAACCAGAAUCAAAAUGAAAUUGUCAAUUGUUUUAAUUGCCAUCUUCUGUGUCUCAACAAUCAGUGCUGCUCCAAUUGAAGAACCAAGUGUAUUUCGUGAAGGCAUUACCAACUAUAUUACGAACCUUGUCAAGCUUUGGGAAAGUAUUAAUCCUGCAUGGGAUGCAGAAGCUUCACUCGAAUCAAAUGUGUUGGCUUAUGUCUUUGGCCCUACAGGUCCUGGAUGGGAUUCCAAUCUUAGCACUGACGAAAAUGUUGAUAAAAUCAUAAUUUCAUUGAAAUUUGAUCCAAACGAAUCUAUCGGUCAUAAUGUUGCACGUAUGGUGGGAAUUUUCAUGAUCCCACUACCACUCUCAACUUUUUUCCCAAAAACGGAAAUGGCAGAUCAACUUGUUAAAGAUAUUUUUGCUAAAUUUCUUCCAGGUGUUGGCGAAGACGAUUCAAUUGGUUAUGAUAUCGAAGAGUGGAUCCAUAGCUUUGAUGAUCUUAAAGGUUUGGAUGGAAAAGAGUUUAUUGUAAACUUUUUACCCAAAAUUUUCAGCCAAUUAAAUGUAUCUGAUGUCGGUCCUAGCAGUACUUUGGAGGAAAUUGCUGUCAGAUUGGCUGAAUUAUUAUUCGAUACACUAUAUCCUGACAAUUGAUGAAUGGAUCAAUAUUUUAAACUAAAUUUAUACUUAAUUCCAAUAAAUAUACUAGUGCAUAGCAAACAAAA